CGAUCCUGAUAAUCUCUGUGCCGGCUAUCAGAGAUAGGGUACCUUGAUGGCUUGCUUCCGCGCCACUAGGAACGGCAGGGACGAGGACAUAAAGUCACCAAUUAGUAAUCAUCGAUUACCUCACGGGCUAAUAAUAAUCGAUGUGCAUUGCGGAUAUGCCAGAGAGAAACUGCGAGAGAAGCGAAAGCUCCUGUAAUGCCAAUGCUUCUAUAGCUAUUUAGUACUAAAGCACGCUGUGCGUUUUUUUUUUUCAGAUAGCGUUCAUCAGCGUGUUCAGUUGCUUAUCUGAAGAGGCGGGCGCUACUUGCACGACAAGUCGCCAUGUAUUGUGACCCGCGAAGACCCGGAGCCCACCCCCAAAGAUAAGAGCUUGUAUCAUUCUCAAAAUUAAGCAAGGUAUUACAAUUUAAAAUCUUCCAAAGCAACACAGUCACAUGCAUACUACACCACAUGCUAAGCGCGAAAUAAUUUUCUUGCGAUCAGUCUUUGCGAAAUGACCAUUUGUAAUAGACGUUUCACUGCGUCGUCACUAUCGAAGAAAAAAAAACGCGUAGUACAUUUCUACUGCAACCAGAUUUCGCUGCAAUCCAGGAUGAAAAAUUAAAAUGAAGAACCGCAAUGUGAAGGUAAACCUUUAUCUUUCUGUGCCGAUGCAAUGACCAUAAAACCUCAUUAUUAAUAAUAUUUGUGUUUGUGCACACAAGAUACACUUUUUAUCCAGAUCGAGAAUGAGAUGCUGGUAAGCGUGGGUUCGAGACGACACCCCUCAAUGACCCGAGGGGACGUUUGCAGCGCGAGGGUUGAGCUGUCGUCCGGUGAAGGAAGGCUUUCUUUUUUCCAGCAGCAAAGCUUAUGUCCGAGACUGUGCCCGGAACGCUGCUUCCACGUCUCACCGAUGAACCGUGUUUAAAAACUCUGUCCAACUCCUGUGAGUCAAUCUCCAUACCUGCCUGCGGAGUAACAUAACUACAAGAGCAAACAAGUAUGCCUACAUUCUUUGACCGUGCCUGCCUUCUCCCUUCCCAACGGGAACGACGUGACAUUGCGCCACACUCCGCAAGCACCAGCGGCCGGCAGUCAGCGGUCACUGCACUAGGAUGGAAAGGUCACCCGUGAGAAUGCUGAGCGACGUGUCCAAGCUACAAGUGGCCUUCGCCGUGGUCGCGGCGUUUGUGACCGGGAAUCACCUGUGGGGAGCCGAUGACGAGCAGGCUGUCGCGUCACCGCCGGUCAUCCCAAACUGCCGCAUCAUCAGCACCGGGCUCAGCGCCGACGAGAAGGCCGAGGUGCUCCGAGCGCACAACGAGCUCCGUAGCACGGUGGCGAGGGGACUCCUGGAGGGACUCAAGCCUGCCGCCAACAUGCUCGCACUGAGGUGGGACGACGACCUGGCUGAAUUGGCUGAAGCGCAGGCCAAACAAUGCAGCGUUUCGCAGGAGCUGGAAGAGGAAGAGAAAGCACUCAGGCCUGCAUCAGUGGGCCAGAAUGUUGGCUGGGAGGCGAGCUCGGAGCCGUUCUCAAAUCAUCUCGACCUGCCGCACCUGAAGGCUUGGAAGGCUGAGCACACGGACGUCGGAGACGACGUGAUAAGCUCUUAUCACAACACUGAACGCGGCGUCGGACAAUUCACACAGAUGAUUUGGGCGAACACGCUGUACGUGGGCUGCGGUGUAGCCACGUAUACCCGCAGCGACAACGUGGGCGGCUUUCCCUACCAGCGCUCGGUGGUGUGCAACUACGGCCCUAGAGGUAAUGUCUUGGGACUUCCUGUGUACAAGGAAGGUUACACGUGCAGCCUCUGUUCAGCUGGCACCACUUGCGACCAGACUACAGGACUGUGCGUGAUGGAUGAAAGCAAGUUUCAGGCCCAAGGCCACCAGGAUUGGAAACUCGACGAGAGCGAAGUGAACUGGAGGGGCAUUGGCCUGGCCAUCGUGAUUGUUCUCUGGUUCUGCCUCUGAACUCGCACACUCACCACACCAACACGAUGAUCCAUUCUUCAACCAUCACUGUUUUGUGUCUGUGCGCUUCUUGUGCUAAACAUAACAAAUGAAGCAUAGUUUAAGUGUUCCUCUCCACACUUGUACAACUAUUUGUUUCAUCCAGCAGGCCCCGGAACAGCAAAAAUUGCCCAUUCCCCUAAUACUUACAUUCGCGUUCUUGUAUGCGUAGUAACUACUGAGAAGAACGCUUAUCUAUUUAUGUAGAUGGCGGCGGCUCAAAUAUUGCUGAAUACGUGCAAGGACGACUAAGGCCCUGUUUGCUGUCUUUGCUAAAAUUUAUCUCGUGCAAGACGAAAUCAUGCACGCUUUUACGAGGUUUGAAGUAGUAAAAAAGAUAAGAAAAAUAGAAAGCUGCUUUCUUCCUGUCUUUGUCAAAUUUACAUAAUGGGCAUAGGCAUAUGCGAGCAAGCACCAUUCCUCCUCAAAUGAAAUAUGAGUAUUUACAGUUUCUGCUUCUCCACACCUACGUCGUCUACAUUUUGUUGAAAUGGAACUCGUAGUGGUUAUGUUAUUUAUUUACUUAUUUUGUUCCUGUUUCGCCUUUAUUAGAAUUCACACUCAAAUCAAGCACAGAAGGCGCGGUAAAAAUUAUCAUUCCAUACCAUAUAGGCAUUUGCAGGCCGAAGAACAUUACAGUUUUUAUGGUCCGAGGGCAAAAACGAUGACGCAAGGCGUCACCUCUAGAAGUAAAUUAAUAAAUUUUCACAUUAACAAAAACGUUUCAGCCUAAGAAGAAUAUGCGCAUUCUUCUCAACUACAGCAGGCUGGGCCGACUCGUUACCGCUAUAGAUGGAUGGAUGGAUGUUAUAAGCGCCCCCGUUGGAAGAGGGCGGUGGGCCGCGCCACCAAGCUCUUUCUAUUAUGCUGCUUAAUGUUGUACCUAGGGUAAAAAAAAAAUAAAAAUAAAAAACCACGACUAACUCCAACAAAUUUCCUGACCCCCUAUUGCGAACUUUGCUGUUGUACGUUUCCGCUUUCUGUCGUUUCCCUGAUUUUUUUCCACCAAUCUCCUAAUCGCCUCUUACUAAUCGCUACUGCCGACAUGUUUACUUUUAUACUGCUCUCGCUGAACCCAAGCGCUUCAAGGAGGCCAGUGGUGCCUAAGUCUACCGCUGUGUAGACGUCUUCUAAUUCUAAUAAAACAUGCUCCAUAGUUUCCCUAGCUUUACCGCAGCAAGCACAUGCUUCUUCUUCCUUGUUAUAUCUCGCUUUAUAGGUGCGUGUUCUAAGGUAUCCCGAUCUCGCUUCGAAAAGUAAUGAGCUUCCCUUUGAGUUAUCAUAAAUCGUUUCUUUCCUGAUUUCGUUUUUUUCUUUUAAGUAGUUACUCAUGGCAGGUUUCUUUUCCAUUGCCAUCACCCAUCAGAUUUUGUCAGCCUCUCUGCCUUUUCGCUUGACGUUCUUUGUUGCUGUGUUGCUCAUCAUACAGGUCGCGUACUUGCUGGUAAGCUUCCUAGUUCUUCUUCUCCACUGUGAAUCAAUGUUAUUCCUGUAGAAACACCUGAAACACUCUCCCGGCCCAUUUAAUUUCUCCCAUAUUCCUCAGUUGUUCUUUAUAAUCAAUUUUAAUUCGAGCUUCCCUUAUACCAAAACUUGUCCAGCCCAUAUCACCCUGCACAGCUUCAUUUGUAGUCUUCCCGUGAACGCCUAAUGCGAGGCUUCCGACUGACCUUUCGUUGCCAUCGAGUCCUGAUAGUACCCCUGAUUUCAAGCAAACAACCGCAUUUCCAAAGUAAGUCCUGGAACAAUUAAAUCUUCUGACAUACCAUGGAGCACCUAGUACCUAUGGUAUUCCUAUAUAGCGCCCUGUGUUUCAUUAUGGCCGCAUUUCUCUUGUCCUCUACUGUGAUUGUUAUGGAUGUAUGGAUGGAUGGAUGGAUGGUAUGAGCAUCCCCUUAGGAAAGGGGUGGUGGGUUGGGCCACUAAGCUCUUGCUAUUUUAUUGCCUAAUGUUCUACCUAUGGUAAAAAAGAAAAAAAAGAAAGAAAGAAAAACCGCGAUGAAUUCCCAUAACCAAAGUUUCUGAACCCCUAUUGUGAACUUUGUUUUUGUACGCCUCCAUCGUUUGUGGUCCCUUUUUCUAAAUGCGCCACUUGACGGCAGGCGUUUCAUGAGUUUCGAUUUACAAGGAAUCCUGGAAUAGCAGCGUCAUCAUAUGGGCGGGCUCGGAGAACCGGGCGUGUGUGUGCGUGUGUACUGGCAAUCAGUCGGCAGAGGGUGCCUAAGCGUGCUCUUGGUACAAUUAUUUGAUGUUAUCAAGGUGUUUCCCCUUUAACAUGAGCGACUUUGCAUAUCCGUCAACGGCUGGACGAGCAAUUUGCCUCGGCUGUCGCAGGUAUGAGACCCUGACUUCGGCCUGCCUGCAUGCAUCUCAGGAACAGCAAAAAAACUCUUUGACGAUACAAAGUGAUGACAGAUGGUUAAGUCGUAGCAUCGCUUUCAAAUAUCUUGCUGGAGGAGGCCGAGGGAGGACUUGUUUUGCCAAAGGAAAAAUUGGGGAGACAGUAUUGUUUUUUAAGAUUCGCCCUUCAUUUGGUAGGACGUUCGUGACGGCU